AUGGAGGAGUUCCUGUUUUCAAUCCUUUUACUUAUUCUUGUUACUGGAUAUCUAGUUCAUACACAUCUUUUCUUUGUUUCUCGAUUCUCUAAUGAGUUACAGACAGAGUUCGAACAGGUCAAAUCUUUGAUGAUUCCAUCGUACAUCAUGGAAUUGCAAAAACUUCUGGAUAGAUAUCCUAUAUUAGAACAAAAUUCUUUCUGGUUAAAGGAUAUCUUUCGAGUUGCUCGAGAACAAUUAGGAAAUUUUCUAGAAGAAAGACAAGGUUCUGCUUCUGGCGGCAACAUCCCAAGGGAUGGUGGUUUUGCUUAUGGGGUCCAAUCCAUACAUUCAAAGAAGAAAGGUUUUAAUCUCAUGGAUCUCAUAAGUAUUAUACCAAAUCCCAUCAAUCGAAUCGCGUUUUUGAGAAAUACGGGACAUUUAAGUCAUACAAGUAAAGCAAUUUAUUCAUUGAUAAGGAAAAGAAAAAACAUGAAUAGUGAUUGGAUUGAUGAUAAAAUAGAAUCCUGGAUCUCGACUAGUGAUAUGAUUGCUGAUAAAGAAAGAGAAUUCUUGUUUCAGUUCUCUACCUUAACGUUAUAA